AAAUUUUCCAAAGCUACAAUAAUUUAAAGACUACAUUAAGAGACAAAUAAUCAUGAACACCAAGGAUUUUGUAGUUAUCCCCUGGGGAAAACCUGGAAAUUCUGUAAAACUAAAAUAUAAACAUGCGCAGGAACUGAAAAUGGAGAAAAUUCAACUGGAACUGGAGAAUCAAAAGAUGGAAAAGAAAUUACAAGAAUUCCAAUCCACAUGGAACAAGGGAAAGGAAGAAAUUAAGGCAAAUGGAUAUCACUGGAAAUCUGGAAGUGUGGGCAAAUUUGGUAACCAGUCACACAAAAUGUCGCAAAGUCAUGGGAAUGCUACAAAGCUCUCUACUGGAAAAGUAAAAUUGAAGUUACUAAAGGAACAGAUUCAAGCUCCAGCAAAAGAACCAGUUACUUGCAAAAUGGCACAUUUUAUUGGAAGUGAAAAGCCCAAGACUAAGAGGAAAGUCUGUGGACAGUGUGAGAACAAAGCUGCUCUCCUCGUAUGCCUGGAAUGUGGCGAAGAUUAUUGCUCAGGAUGCUUUGCUAAAAUGCACCAGAAGGGGGCACUGAAGUUCCACAGAACAACUCUUCUACAGCCAAAAUCUCAAAUCUUAUCCAGUGUGUUAGAUGCUGCCCAUCAAUUUAUAAAGGAAGUAAAUCCACCCAAUGAAGGGAAUAAUUCUGCAGAGGCGUCCAGCAAAAGUCAGCAUAAACCCAAAGCCCUGCGCCAUCUGGAGAACAGCUCUAAGGUAGAAACUACAGCAGCAGAAGGAGGAGAAGGUGUAAAUCCAAGGCACAAGCCCUUGUGUGAAAUGCCUUUUGAUGAAGAAGCAUCAGCCCAGUCCUUCCAGGAAGCCUUAGCUCAGUGGAGAGCUAGACAUCAGGAGGAAAACAAGCAAGAGAACUUACAUCCAACAAAACCAGACUCAGUGGAAGAAUGUGAAGUACAAACAAAUUUGAAAAUUUGGACAGAACCAAUUAAUAUUGAAUUUUCAGAAGACAGUCUGUCAUACAUGGAAAAAUUAUGGCUUAAGAAACACAGAAGAACUCCUCAGGAACAACUUUGUAACAUGCUACCAAAGACACUCUCACCUCGACGUGAAACCACUGCUGAGGCACAGUGCACUCAGAAUGAAAGUGAUGCUGAUAGUGACGCUGAGGAGCUCAAAGUAAAAUAUCCACCCCUUUUUAUGCCAGUAGAAAAAGUGAAUAUAGAGAGACCUCCACCAUCACUAACAAUAGUAGAACUGGAUACUACUCAUGAAAAAGAAUUUGAAGAAAUGGGGAAAGCUGUGCCUUCCAGAAUUGAAUUGGCUGAUGCAGAGAAUCAACUAAAUUCUACAUUUCCCAAUUAUCAGAAUUGCUUUCCAAGUGAAAAUGGCAUCCAUCACCAUCUUAUUUUCAACAAGGGAAAAACAGACCUCUUAAGUCUUUGUUUGAGAAAAAGUGCUACAUACUAUAAAGAUGACUCAAAAGAAUCUUCAAACACUGUGGAGUCUGGUAUUUAUUCUGAUGAGUUAAAGAAAAUAGGAGAAACCAUCUCUUUUGAGAAAAAUCUAACAGAAGAAAAUAUAGACCAAGGAAAUAAUGAAGACUGUGUUGAUUCCUGCAUGCCACCUGAGAGUUCCUUGCCAACUGUGGAUUUAGAUACAUCUUUCAUCAUAGAGGAGACUUCAUCUCAAGAGACCAACACAUCCUUGGAAUGCAGCAAUCUGAAUGAGGGGACAAACUUGGAUGAUUCAAAAACUACAAAGCCACCACUGUUGUUACAAGAAAUAGCCCUCAGGAAAAAACCUGUAAAAGAACAGUACCAAGGACUUGAGAAGUUCUUUACUCCUGAUAAAAAUGAGAGAAUCGACUCCCUCCCUUCAUCAAAUCUAGGAUGCAGCCAUGCCUGUUCUAGGAUAACAGUUACAGAAGACAAAGUGUGGAUCCCAGACAGCAGCAUAAGUGAGCAUGCUGGUAGUACAUCUGCCCUGUGUGAUCUGCAGAAUGAUGAAAACCCACUUCCAAAUAUGAAACAGCAAAAGACAGGGCAGAACUCACAGAGACCUUCAACAGCGAAUUUCCCUCUUUCAACCUCGGUUCAAAAAGGCUCCAGCUCCCUUUUGUCCUCUUAUACCCGGUCAAGAAGUGCAGCUGCUCAGUCCCUAUCCAGAGCUGCUUCUGAAAUCUCAGAGAUUGAGUACAUUGACGUCACUGGUCAGAAUGAGGUCUUUGGAGAUAACACUGCUGAUCAACAAGCCUUAGACACUUUGGAGAAAGAAUUAAAUGCAAUGAGAAACCUGGCAGGUCCUGCAGAAGAACUGCCCAGUCUACCAUUAGAAGAUUUACAGUUGUUUAACCACAAUAAUCUGAAUUUAGGUCCAAUGUCCAAAGACGACCUUGAGAUGGAAUGUGAGAGGGACCCCGAUGGAAUUGAGGUCAGCUCUUCUGGAAGAAAUACCAAACUGCUGUCUUUCCUAUCACUUGCUGAUUAUAGUUCAGAAGAGGAAGAGGAAGAGGAAGAUUUUCUUGACAAGCAGCAUGUCAGUACACUACCAUGGGCGAAGAGUGUGUAAUACUGCAUUACUUUUCCAUUUUGUAGUCGGAAUAAACCAAACAACUGAGUGAUCAACUAGAGAUUAUGAGUCUGAUGCUUCUAAGCUUGUAAGCUAAUAAAGAUUAGUGA